AUGGCGCCUGUAGAUGCCUUGUUUGUCAAGGCACAAACUACCACCCUGCCAAAAUCUCUUCGUCCUACCGCUCCACCACCAGACAAUGUGCCAAAGCACAAGCACGCAGCACAUGCUGCCCGUUCAAAAGCGCUUGUCGAAGAUGCUGAACUAUUGCUGACGAGCGAGGCAGGGAAAAUGCAGGUGGAGACCGAGCUGGAACGAACUUGGAGAAUAGGCCAGGAUGAUAUUGUGGAAAGUGCCGGUCAGGAGGCUGCCAAGGGACGACGAGAGCUGAAGUUGGAUGGUGGUCCAUAUCGCUCGAGAUACUCGAGGAAUGGCAGGCAUCUUGCUAUUGUUGGCAACAUGGGUCAUGUCGCGACUUUUGACUGGCAAACAGGAACCAUGCAUGCCGAGCUUCAGCUGCAGGAAACAUGUCGCGAUAUUACAUUUUUGCAGGAUCAGUCAUUCUUCGCGGACCGUAAUGGUGUCGAGCUACACCGAUUGAAGGCUCACAUUGAACCCACGCGACUCGAAUUUCUUCCACAUCACUGGUUGCUCGCUAGUGUGGGAAACAACGGAUUUCUAAAAUAUCAAGACACCUCUACAGGUCACAUCGUCGCUGAGCAUCGUACAAAGCUCGGGGCAUGCCAUACACUCGCACAGAAUAAACACAACGCGGUGCUACACCUUGGUCACUCCAAUGGCGUUGUCACCCUCUGGACGCCAAACAUCCCACAUCCUGCUGUACAAAUUCUAGGCACAUCUCGUGUCGAUCCGAGUUCUGGUGGGCGCUAUAUGGCGACGUCAGGCCAGGAUGGCGUCGUAAAGGUCUGGGACUGCCGAAAUUGGAAGGGUACUGUGCGGGAAUGGACGACAAGAGGUGGCAGCCCUGAGCUGGAAUGGAGUGCAAGGGGUGCGUUAGGUGUGGCAGUAGGUGGGAGUGUCAAUGUAUACACAAAACCGUCAAUACAGACCCCGCACGCAGCCAAAGCCCCGCCACCUCUUUACCUCACACACCCAAUACCACAUCGACCGCUUACCUCGGUGCGGUUUUGCCCCUUCCAAGAUAUCCUUACGAUCGGACACAAUGCUGGUCUGUCGAGCAUUCUUGUGCCUGGGGUUGGCGAACCAAACUUCGACAGUACGGAAGCCGAUCCAUUCGAGAACAAGAAGGCAAGAAGGGAAAGGGAAGUUAAGGGUCUAUUGGACAAGGACAUGAUCUCACUUGACCCAGAUUUCGUUGGAGCCCUUGCACCGCCAACAAAAUUAACGACUGCUGUCAAUGACACACAUGAUAUUCCCUUCGCUCGUCUUCCUCGCCUCGAACGACUACGUAUCCAGGGUAAAGCAGAUGAAACGGAGCUCGUUGAUGAUGACGACGAGGAUGCUGCUGAAGGUGACGGCGACAAGAAUGAUAAACCACAGUCACGAGCGGAGAAGGAGAAGCGGAAAAUGCGCAGCAAGGGCAAGAGUCUCAAAAGAUACCUCCGGAAGCAACGCAAAAAUGUCAUCGAUCCUACUGCGGUCGCCAUUCGUGCAAAAUCGGAGAAGCAGCGGGAGGAAAAGCGCGUGGCAAAGGCCAUCGAGAAUGGUCAGAUAGAGGCGCGCAAACCAUCGGCGCUUGAUCGAUUUAGACGACCGUGA